AUGGCGCCCAUUGUACGAAAAUUUAGGCCAAGUCACAUGAUCCACAGGAUAUCUGCUGGAACCCACCAUGACAAAACUGGAGGAGGCAGUAAUUACCUAUGUUUGCCACAGACACCAGAGUGGGGGAAAUACCAAGAUGGAGGGCAAAAUUUAGGUUCUUACAUACAUGGUGUGGAAUAUCAAUAUGUUACGCCUAACAUAUUUUCAACAUCCAAUACAGGAGGUCAGAAUUUUCGUUACCAUGAUGCCCCCUGUGCUGUAUGCUACACCCAAACACGCCCCAGUCAUGUGAUGAUACCAGCCAAGAAGACAUGUCCAGCUGGGUGGACAACAGAGUACAAUGGAUACCUGGUAUCAACUCAUGAUAUUUUCCAGAGAACAGAGUUUGUCUGCCUUGAUGAAGCUCCUGAAUUGGUAGCUGGUGGCCAUGAAGAAAAAUAUGGUGCCUUCUUCUACACUGCUGAAGCUAAGUGUGGUUCUCUCCCCUGUCCACCUUACGUGGAUGGAAGAGAACUGGCCUGUGUUGUCUGUACUAAAUAG